AUGGAUGAAUCCCAUCAUGGUGAAGGGAAUGAUGUCAUUCCUGAGAAAGCGUUCUCACCAGCUGAGAGACUGAGUGCUGAAUGUGAAUUCACAGAGAGUUCUGAUGUUAGUGGAACGGUCAACGAUCUCUCCUGUGAUCAGAUUACUGUUGAUGAUAUUAUACGCGCAGCGGCGCUCGUCGGUCAGAAAGUAACACCAGAUGUUCAUUAUCCGCAUAUGAGUCUGAGUUCUCCUAAUGUUAGUGGCCUGCAGCAGGAACAUUUGUCUGUUGUUAAAACUACAGCAGAUACAGCGCAUGUCGUAGAUUUCGGUGCACAGAGUUGUGCAGAUUUCGGUGCACAGAGUUGUGCAGAUGAAGGUGGUGGUAGAGAUAGGUACUCUAUUAUGGAUGGAGAGGGGAGCAACAUUGAUGGAAAUAUUUUUCAAGACCGAGAUGAAAUAAUAAACAGUGUCAACCAGCCAAGCAAACCCAUUCAAAGUGAGAAUCAGUUUUCAGGAGGGGAAGACUAUGCUGAAGAUCAGUCUAGAAAGACAAAUUCAUCAGUUUGUGUGGACGAUGAUGAAGCCAGACAUCAAGAUGAUGAACAUGAAUGCGACACUGGUGAUGAAGCCAAGACAAUCAGACAUCAGAGAACAACUUCAUCCAGUGAGAAUGAGGUAGUUACUUUUGAAGAUGUACCCCAAGAUGCAACUAAUACUACAAUGAAUAAUCAUCUUGAAGAGUCUUCGGUCCAACAGGCUGAACACAGUUCUGAAAAAGAAGAUGCAGAUAGUUCUGUUAUCAUCAUGAACCAGCCAAAAGAUUCUGAUGCAGUGGGUGAGAGUAUUACAGCAGGGGCCAAUACAGAUGCAAUGAAUGAUGGGAAAUGUGAAAUGAUAUCACAGAGAGCCACUGAACAACUAGCGUGUGAUAGUGGGUCGACAGAGGAAAAUAUGCAGGUCGAUACCAAUGAGUCUUGUGAUGGUGAAAUCAAUAAAGCUGAAGCAAAGAUCACCAAUGAAGGCUUGUCCUCAGACGGGGUAGAAGGAAUAGACACAGAGAACAUGCAUUCUGAAUCGACUGGUGCUGAGGUGGAUUCAAACCUGUCUGAGAAGAAAAAAGUAGGAAAUGAAGAGUUGCUGGAAGCAGAAAAGAUGAGUGGUCAGGUAGUUCAAGGUCAAGAUGAAGAUGCUGGAAAUGUAACUGAAACAAGUUCAAAUGCACAAGGUGUCAGUGAUGAUGAUGAAGGGUCAUCAACUGUGCAAGAACCUCCACCAAUAUUUGUCUGGGUCGGACAGGACAUAAAAGAAGAACCGAUGGAAUAUGUUCAGGACCCACCUACUAAAAAUGCAAAGCGAAUCUAUAAAGCAACGCUGUCAUGUCAAUAUUGUGGGAAAAAAUUCGUGAGACCUAAUCAACUUGAGCGACAUAUUGGAUCAAUACACACAGGUGAACGGCCAUAUGAUUGUAAACACUGUGAUAAAAACUACGCAGAUAAGUUCACUUUGAAACGGCACAUGAAAAAACAUGUCGAUAAGAAGGGCUCUGAGUUUAGUACGGCAAGGAAAGUGCACCUAGAUCCGAUUAGAUGUGAACAUUGCGACUACAAAUGCAAUGAUAAAAGUUCGCUUCGAAGACAUAUGGUGAAACACACGUGUGAGGAAGACAUUCCAUUUAAAUGCGGUCAAUGCGGAAAAGGAUUUGACUGUAGAAGUAACUUGGAAAUGCAUUAUCGAUUUCACACUGGUGAAAAACAAUUCAAGUGCGAGAUUUGUGAUAAAGCGUAUUUUACCAAGAGUCAUCUUAAAAGUCACAUAGUUGUUCAUCAAGAAGGUUUUGUGGACGUUAAAAAGAAUUUAAAAAGUAAAUGUGAACACUGUGAUUAUCGUUGCCGUGAUAAAGGCUCUCUUAACCGACAUAUGAAAAAGCACACAAAUACGGUUGAUUUGCCGUUAAAAUGCGAAGUAUGCAAUAAAGGUUUUGUGAUUCAGAGCGAUUUGAAAGUACAUAUGCGAUUUCAUACUGGUGAGAAACCAUUCCAGUGUGAACUCUGCGAGAAGAGAUACUUCACCAGAAGUCAUCUCUCGGAGCAUAUGAGGAUACACACUGGGGAAAAACCGUACAUGUGCGAAAAAUGUUCCAAGACAUUCAGGCUUAAGAACCACCUACGUGAACACAUGAUAUCUCAUGGAGGACAAAGAGCACACCAAUGCGAUCAGUGCGGUAAGGGUUUCACACGUGCUCUGGGACUGACAGUGCAUAUGCGAACACAUACUGGUGAGAAACCUUAUCAGUGUGAGCUCUGCGGUAGGUGUUUCACAACGUCCAGCCAUUUGCGGAGCCAUGAACGGAUGCAUGCAGGGAUUAAAAGGACUGCCCGCAAAGAGAAUGGAACAAAGCACAUGUGUGGGCAGUGUGGAAAGGCGUAUUACACCGUCAGCGACCUGACAAUCCAUAUGCGUGUACACACAGGAGAGCGGCCAUACCAAUGUGAACUUUGUGGACGUACCUAUAUGAAGAAAAGUCAUCUAAAAGAACACUUUAGAACACAUACUGGUGAAAAACCCUACCAUUGUGUACUCUGUGGGAAAAGCUUCAGAAGUGUCAGCCAUCUUAAGUUUCAUCAAGCGACACACACUGGAGACAAGCCUUUUGUGUGCAUGGUGUGUCAGAAAGCAUUCUCAAAGAAAAUCACACUGACUAACCACAUGAGGAUUCACACUGGUGAGAAACCAUUCUCAUGUGAAUGGUGUGGAAAAUAUUUCCGUAAUCAAAGCUCUGCGUCAAGACAUGCAAAAAUACAUUCUGGUGUGAAACCAUAUGAGUGUGAUUUAUGCGAUCAGAAUUUCACAUUCAAGAGACAAUUAAACAGCCAUUUAAAAAAACAUGAUGAUGAAGUCAACGAUUUGCUUCAAGGGAUUGAUGACGCAGAUGAUGAUUAUGCUAAUGAAGGUGAUGAUUCUGAUGAUCAGGGUGAUUUUGAUAAUGAUGAUACUAAUACAAAUAAUGAUCAGGGUGAUUUUGAUAAUGAUGAUACUAAUACAAAUGAUGAUCCAAUUGGUGAUGAUAUUGAUAAUGAUGAUGAAACUAAUCAAAUUAAUCAUGAUGGUGCUGAUAGUAAUCAAAGUGAUACAACUCUAAUUGAUGAUCAAGGCACUGAUAGUGAUCAAGAUGAUUAUGAUAGUGAUCAAGAUGAAAAUAAUGAAAUUAAUCAGGAUGAAAUAAAUCAGGAUAAUAAUGAUCAGGAUAGUGAUUAUGAUGAUGAUAAUGAUCAAGACGAUGACACUGAUCAGAAUGAUUAUGAUGAUGAGGACGAUGAUUAUUGA